AUGGAGGAGAAUUGUGGGAUCUUCGAGUCUCUCGUUGCAGGUGGUGAUGAAUUGGAGCUGAACAACAAGGGAGACCACGACAAAAUCCACACAGCGGGAAAUUCAUAUCCAUAUUCCGAGUGCAGAGAGAGCUUUAGUCAGAGCUCCCAUUCCACUUCAAAUCAAAGAAGUCCCAUUGAGAAGAAACCCUAUCGGUGCCAAGAGUGUGGAAAGAGCUUCAGUCAGAGAAAGACGCUCACUGUUCAUCAGAGAAUUCAUACAGGGGAAAAACCCUAUCAGUGCCAAGAGUGUGGAAAGAGCUUCAGUAAUGGGGGAAAUCUCGCUUCCCAUAAAAGAAUUCAUAGAGGAGAGAAACUCUUUCGGUGCCAAGAGUGUGGAAAGAGCUUCAGUCAGAGAAAGACGCUUACUGUUCAUCAGACAAUUCAUACAGGGGAAAAACCCUAUCACUGCUUGGAAUGUGAUAAGAGAUUCAGAAUAAAAUGCCAUCUCACUGUCCAUCAGAGAAUUCAUACAGGGGAGAAACCCUAUCAGUGCUUGGAAUGUGGCAAGAGAUUCAAUAGAAAAAACCAGUUUACUAUCCAUCAGAGAAUUCAUACAGGGGAGGAACCUUAUCAGUGCUUGGAAUGUGGAAAGAAAUUCAUUCAGAAGGCCAAACUCACGAUCCAUGAAAGAAUUCACAGUGAGGUAUAUAAGUGCUUGGAAUGUGGAAAGAGAUUCAUUGAAAAGGCCAGACUCAAGAUCCAUCAAAGAAUUCAUACAGGGGAGAAACCCUAUCAGUGCUUGGAAUGUGGAAAGAGAUUCAUUGAGAAGGCCAAACUCACGAUCCAUCAAAGAAUUCACAGCGAGGUGAAACCACAUCAUUGCCAAGAAUGUGGAAAGAGUUUCAUUGAAAGACGCCAGCUCACUGUCCAUCAGAGAAGUCAUACUAGGCAGAAGCCAUAUCAGUGUUUCGAAUGUGGAAAGAGCUUCAUUCAAAGAGGCCUUCUCCGUGUCCAUCAAAGUAUUCAUACAGGGGAGAAGCCGUAUCAGUGUUUCGAAUGUGGAAAGAGCUUCAUUCAAAGAGGCCUUCUCCGUGUCCAUCAAAGAAUUCAUACAGGGGAGAAGCCAUAUCAGUGUUUUGAAUGUGGAAAGAGCUUCAUUCAAAGAGGCCUUCUCCGUGUCCAUCAAAGAAUUCAUACAGGGGAGAAGCCAUAUCAGUGUUUCGAAUGUGGAAAGAGCUUCAUUCAAAGAGGCCUUCUCCGUGUCCAUCAAAGAAUUCAUACAGGGGAGAAGCCAUAUCAGUGUUUCGAAUGUGGAAAGAGCUUCAUUCAAAGAGGCCUUCUCAGUGUCCAUCAAAGAAUUCAUACAGGGGAGAAGCCGUAUCAGUGUUUUGAAUGUGGAAAGAAAUUCACCCAGAGCGCCCAUCUCACAACCCAUCACAGAAUUCAUACAGGGGAGAAACCCUAUCAGUGCUUGGAAUGUGGAAAGAGAUUCAUUGAGAAAGCCAAACUCAAGAUCCAUCAAAGAAAUCACAGCAAGAAUUUCAGUGCAAAGAAUAUGUAAAGAGCUUCAGUCACAGGGCCGGCCUCGCUUCCCAUGAAAGAACUCACAUUGGGGGCAAAUUAUAGUAGUGACUUUAUACAGAUUUAAUUUUAGGAGACUUCAGUUCGUAUGAGGUGAGGAUUGCAGCUGGGUUCUUUGCCACAUCUGGUGCCCCAUAGUAAUUCCUAGUACAUACGCAGAACUGUGACCUGCAAGUUCUUGGCCAAGGUGUUUAAUGCCUUCAUCAUAGUUUCCUUUCUCUUGGCAGAUCAAGAUGAGCAGGUGACAGCUAAGGUUGCAAGCUUUUCAGCUGAGACAGUUAGAAUGAGAUCCACUAUUUGACUAUUGACUCAAGACCCUACAAUGUACCUUAUUUUAUAUA